AAUGAAAAAAAAGACAAAGCAAGCAUAACCUCGGAACGCUUCCGAAGAGUCCGAAGUGCUCCGAAGACUUUUCGAAAUUACCGGUAGUGAAGCAGUGUGCACACGGUUUUUGUUUAUUUAUUAUACUCUGCGGUUAUUAUUUUCAUUCCUGAACUCAAUAUUUACGAAUUUUCGGUGUUUCGUUACCACAAGUGAAGAAGAUGGCGAAAAAAGAAAGUGUGCUUGGCAAAAAGUAGUUUUUUCGUUGCUCCGAACAGAUUUCAAAGGCCAAACAAUCUCAGUGUAAAAAUGGAUGAAAUCGGUGACGUUACGAUUUCGGAAUUUCAAGAACCUCGAAAAAGGUUCUGGCUGAGGUCAAGAAAACGUCCGAAAAGCGAUGCAAUUAGUAUAAGUUCGAUGGACAUUUCCAUUGACUCGGAAGUUGGAAGAAAAAAGCGACGAAGAAUCACUGAGGUGGCCAGUAAUAUAUUUUUUGCAACUUUGCCGUCAGCUUCAAAAUCGGAGAAAAAACGCAAAAGAACAAGCACCAGCCAGCUGAAUGCCUCUUUUUUAUCAUUUGCUGGAUCUGAAGCAGAAAUUCUCCCCACCCCAAAAAAAAACGAAUUCGCAGGUAAUGUAGUAAUGCGUAGUUGGAUAGUCGACAUAGCAGAAGGAAAUAUCAAAGAUCAUCUCGACUCGAAUUUAAGUCGCAGACAAAUAAAAAGACAAGAAGCAAUCUACGAAUUAUACUGCGGCGAAAAUGUUCUCUUGAACGAUCUGACUGCCUUGAGAGAAUGUUACUACGAGCCUCUGCUCUCGGCCAACAUUUUAACUUCCUCCGAACUCGAUACUCUCUUCGGCAACAUCGAUAGUUUUAUCGAUUUGCACACUGAAUUGAGGGAUAAAUUGGUCGAGCUCCGUGACGAAGCCGGAUUUACGGACAACGUUGGACCAACGGUCGUAGAUUGGUUUUCGCGGCUGAAAACCUUGUACGUUGAAAGAUGCAGAACUCAGGUCUGGGCCAGACAUCUCCUCGAUUCGAAAAAAGUCACAAAUAAACGAUUUCAGGAUUUCUUAAAAAAGAAAAUGGAAUCUUCCCAUGCUGUCGAUUUGUGGACGUAUCUGGACGUGCCUCGAUCUCGCAUUGUAAAAUAUCCACUCUUAGUCAAAGAAAUUUUGCGACACACUCCAGCUGGCCACUUGGAUGAAAAUACAUUGAUGAAAUCGCGAGAUAUUUUAUCAGAAUUGCUCAAUGAAAUCGACAAAGCUAUGGGAGAAGCUGAGUGUAAAUUGGCUCAGACGAAAAUUAAUCCGAAGGCUGAAUACGAUCCUGGUAGAUGCGUUGAAAAUGCUACGGAGUUGAUAACCGAAGGGCAACUUAAAGACACUCGUGGAAUGAAAUACCACUGUUUUCUUUUCGAUACCUGUUUGGCGUUAACGAGACCCGUGAGACGAUCUGCAAGAAAAUACAAUUUAUCAUUCCAAGUAGUAACAAAAGACGAAAUUUGCGUUGACGUAAAUACAACGAAUCAAUCCCCUUUGGGAUUUAAAGUCGGUAAACACUUUUUGUCCGUCGAAGACGAGCACCAAAAAAGACAUUGGAUAGAUUCUUUAAAAAGAGUCUUUGCAUUCGCGCCCAAAGAAGAGAUCAUCGUUGAAAAGGAAAACAAAUCGGAUUUUGGCUUUCAGAAACCCGAACUAAAACGAAGAUCUAGGGCGAAUCUACGUGAAAGUAAUUUCUCGUUCACACUUCGGAGGAGUCUAUUUAAACCUACCCAGAAUUGUAUUGAUUACACGUAAUGUAUUCUAAAAAGCCUUAAAAUAUUAAGGCUUAUUCUUAAGUAAUGUAAAAAAUUACUGCAAAUUUUAAAGGACCUGCGAACGUAGAACUAUUUUAUAAGAUUUUGAGGAAAUUCAGACAAAUAUUGUUUAUCUAAAAGGAUCCACAGUAUUGCGGAUGCAAUUUACCAGUAUUCUGAAAGGGAGAGGG